AUGCUUUCUUCCAAGACCGCGGCCUUUGCGGGCCUCAUGGCUUUUAACGCUCUUUCUGGAGUUGCUGCCACCUACAACUAUGCUGUUGCCGAUCCCUAUGGUCUUCCUGAACCCGUUAUGAUUGACUUUGAUGAUGAUGGAGUUGUCGGUGGCCUCUACCGACCCAAUACCACGAGCCCUCUGUCCCGUAUCGGUGUCUACGUGAUGCACGCUGAGCAGGAUUACCUGAACUUCUCAGCCUGCCACGAGCUCCCCCGCCGCGGCUUUACUACCUUCUGCGCAAACAAUGAUGCCAGCAAGAGCGGCUACAUGACCGACAUCAACUUCGAAGAUAUGAUGACCAACGUCGGCCAGGGCAUGAGCUACUUGCGCAACCUGACUGAGAUCGACAAGGUUGUCAUCUUCGGCCACAGUGGUGGCGGCGCCAUGAUGACUGCCUACCAAAACAUCGCUGAGAACGGUGUCAAGGCUUGCAAUGGUCCCGAACGUAUCUACCCCUGCUCCGACGCCAUGGCCGACCUCCCUGCAGCCGACGGCCUUAUUCUCAUUGACGCCAACUACGGACUCUCCACCAUGGCUCUUCUGAGUCUCAAUCCCGCCAUCGUUGACGAGCACUCCGGUGCCAAGAUCGAUCAGUCACUAAACCUUUACAACCCCGCGAAUGGCUUCUCCGAGUCGGGCGCCAACUACACCCAGUCCUUCAAGAAAGCCUUCGAGAAGGGUGUCGUUGCUCGCAACAACCGUAUCCUGAAGCACGCCGAGUCUCGCCUGGCCGCUAUCAACAACGGCAGCGGCAUCUUCAGUGACGACGAGCCCUUCUACAUCGUCGACUCCAUGUACGUCGGCUUCAACAACAAGUUCUUCGCCCAGGACACCCGCUGGAUCCACCACACCACCCACCCCUGGCCUCUUCUUCACCGCAACGGAUCAAUCACCACGCAGAUUGUUCCCUCCGUUCGUGUACCCGCUAACUUCGAGAGCUUUGCCGACAACUUCGAGGGUGGCGCCCUCAAGACCACCAUCAAACGUUACCUCUCCACUCUGGCUAUUCGCGUCACCGACGACUUCGAGUACAAGGUGGAUGGUUUCGAGGGUAUUGUCUGGAACUCUAGUCAAACUGCUCCGCUCGGCAACAUCGGCGGUGUUACCGUGCCUUUGCUGAACAUGGGCAACACCGGCCACUACGAGUACCUGAACGCCGAGAAGCUCCACCUUGCCGCUGGUAGCAAGGAUGCUGAGAUUGCCUUCGUCGAGGGUGCUCAGCACACUAUUGUCACUUGCACUGAGUGUGAAACGUACCCCGGAGAGUAUGGUAACACUCUUUACACUGCUUACAACUACAUGGCGGAGUGGUUGAGCAAGGAGGGUCGCUUCUUGUAA